CCAAGCUUCCUGCACCUGCCCUGCUGCCUGACAAUUUGCCCGGGUCGGUGCCAGGACGGGGCAGUCGCCGGCCUUGCUGCUAGUCUCCGCGAGGUCCGGCCGUCCGUCCGAGGGCGGCGGGAUUCGGGAUGACUUCGGGCGGCUUGAGAUUUCUGCAGCUCCUCAAGAUAUCGGUCCUAAUCUUGGGAUUUAGCGUUGUUGGAUUUAUGCUCAGAGGUGUGUCCCUUCAAGCAGUGUUUAGCAGCCUCAAGCCAGAGCUCACAAGUCCUGCUCAGGGUGUCCAGGAGCUGAAGCUUCUGCCGGAAGAACAUCUCAGGAACCUCUUUACCUACGAUGGAAUCUGGCUGUUCCCGAAAAAUCAGUGCAAAUGUGAAGCCAACCAAGAGCAGGGAAGUUACAACUUUCAGGAUGCCUAUAGCCAGAGCGACCUGCCAGCGGUGAACGUGAGGAGACAGGCUGAAUUUGAACACUUUCAGAGGAGAGAAGGGCUGCCCCGCCCACUGCCCCUGCUGGCCCAGCCCAACCUCCCCUUUGGGUACCCAGUCCACGGAGUGGAGGUAAUGCCCCUGCACACAGUUCCCAUCCCAGGUCUCCAGUUUGAAGGACCCAAUGCUCCCGUCUAUGAGGUGAGUCCUCCUCCCAGCCCACAUGAUACUGCCUGUGCUCUGACCUUAUUUCUUCCUCCAGUGAGUCUGGAGUCCAGAUCUUCAGUGGCCAAGUUUCCAGUGACCAUCCGCAAUCCUGUCAUACCCAAGCUCUAUGACCCUGGACCAGGUAAGGCCCUUGUCCUUGGGGCCCCAUGGUGGCACUCUGUGAAGCUAUUGGAGAAAUUCAGAAGGGAUCUAACCUCAUUUCAUCUACAGGGUUGGUUUGCUGGUAGGAACCUGGCCGUAUCUCAGGUCACCACCAAAUACGUUCUCUGGGUGGACGAUGAUUUUCUCUUCAACGAUGAGACCAAGAUUGAGGUGUUGGUGGAUGUCCUGGAGAAAACGGAACUGGAUGUGGUAGGCGGCAGUGUGCUGGGGAAUGUGUUCCAGUUUAAGCUGUUGCUGGAACAGAGUGAGAACGGGGCCUGCCUUCACAAGAGGACAGGCUUUUUCCAACCCCUGGAUGGCUUCCCCAGCUGCGUGGUGACCAGUGGCGUGGUCAACUUCUUCCUGGCCCACACGGAGCGACUCCAAAGAGUUGGCUUUGAUCCCCGCCUGCAACGAGUGGCUCACUCAGAAUUCUUCAUUGAUGGGCUAGGGACCCUACUCGUGGGGUCAUGCCCAGAAGUGACUAUAGGUCACCAGUCUCGGUCUCCAGUGGCGGACUCAGAGCUGGCUGCCCUGGAAAAGACCUACAACACAUACCGGGCCAACAGCCUUGCCCAGAUCCAGUUCAAGCUGGCUCUCCAUUACUUCAAGAACCACCUCCAGUGUGCCACGUAAAGGUGUGGGAGCAUAGGAGAAGCACUAGGCGGGCUGGUUAUGGUAUCUAUAGCAGUGGAACCAGUGGUUGGGGCCACCAAAAACUGGACUCCUGAUAGAUGAACAUUGUAGCGACCCAGCUGGUGGGUAGGGCAAAGGGAUAUGGCUCAGUUACUGGAAGUACCAAUCAAAGGUGAAGGGUCGUUAGAAAUGAACCAGUCACUGACCAGGGCAGUGGAAACUGUAUUAUUAGCAAUGAUGAUUUUGUACAGUGCCCUGCCUUUUAUGAAGCAUUUGCAUGUACAGUAUGUCACAUCAUCUUAUCUGAACUUACACAAAAGACUACAUUGGUUGGUGUCCUCAUUCAAAAGAA